AGGCGGCCCAUGGCUGCCCUCGGCGAGGCGGCGGCGCGGUGGGCACCCGGAGUGUGGCGGCGGGCGGCGCGCUCGGCCACUGGGUUCGGGGGCCGCCGUUUCGCGAGCGGCUCGCAGAGCCCUCCCACCUUCGGGUUCCUGUUGGACAUCGAUGGGGUGCUGGUUCGGGGCCACCAGGUCAUCCCCGCUGCGAGGGAGGCCUUCCGCAGGCUCGUGGACCCCCAGGGGCAGCUGCGGGUGCCCGUGGUCUUUGUCACGAACGCGGGGAACAUCUUACAGUGCAGCAAAGCCCAGGAGCUGUCAGCCCUGCUGGGCUUCCAGGUGGAGCCCGACCAGGUGAUACUGUCCCACAGCCCCAUGAAGCUGUUCUCGCAGCAUCACGACAAGCGGAUGCUGGUGUCUGGGCAGGGGCCCCUGGUGGAAAAUGCCCGAGCACUGGGCUUCAAGCACGUGGUCACAGUGGACGAGCUGCGGGCGGCCUUCCCUGUGCUGGACAUGGUGGAUCUGCAGCGGCGGCCCAAGACCACGCCCCUCCCAAGGAACGACUUCCCUGCGAUCGAAGGGGUGCUUCUCCUUGGGGAGCCCGUGCGCUGGGAGACGAGCCUGCAGCUGAUCAUGGACAUCCUCCUCAGCGAUGGGAACCCCGGCACCGGUCUGGCGACGGCCCCCUAUCCCCACCUCCCUGUCCUGGCCAGCAACACGGACCUCCUCUGGAUGGCCGAAGCCAAGAUGCCCAGGUUCGGCCACGGCACCUUCCUGCUGUGCCUGGAGGCCGUUUACCGGAAGGUGACGGGCAGAGAGCUCUGCUACGCGGGCCUAAUGGGCAAGCCCAGCCUCCUCACCUACCAGUACGCGGAGGGCCUGCUCGCCAGGCAGGCGGCGCGGCGGGGCUGGGUGGCCCCGAUCCGGAGUCUCUACGCCGUGGGUGACAACCCCAUGUCCGACAUCUAUGGGGCCAACCUGUUCCACCAGCACCUGCAGACAAGGCGGGAGGGGGCGGCCCGGAGCUGCGCCUCCAUCCUGGUGUGCACCGGCGUGUACAGCCCCCGGGCCUGGGGGCCCGCCGCUCCCGCCCUGGGUGGCGAGGGGCCUCCGUUCCACGGGCACCGGGACCUUGGCUUCAACCCGGGGCUCCUGCAGGCGGCCCACGUGGUGAGCGACGUGCACGAGGCCGUGGGGCUGGUCCUUGGCAAGGAGGGCUGGGCUCUGUAGCAGGGAGGGAGGUGGGCCCGCUGGCUGCCCCCUGCCCACCGCCUCCCCGCCUCCCGGCCAGCAUGGUGACACUCUCGCUCCUCCUGGGCGGGGCCGCACGGUUGUUCCCGGGGUAGCAUUUGGGUAUCAGCCUCAGAUUUUUCUAGGCUGGUUCCCGUCUGCCUGUGCUGGCAGCCUGACCCCAGGCUCGUCCUCACUCUGGGGGGUCUUCUGCAGAAGAGGAGGCGGUACCGCCUCUGCCCGCUGCCAGCACAGGCUGUAACUCACUCUUAGACACUACUUUUUAUGGUAGUUUAGCUUAUUGCCCAGAGACUUUGGACUUAUUUUUUUAAGUUAAAAUAAUUGUAAUAAAUAUUCAUUUUGCUGUCUCUUGUGAA